GAGUUUGAGGGCAGAUUUACAGCAUCGCAGUUUGGUUUUUUUUAAAAGAAGGCCUCCCGAUGUGUAUGCCGGGUUUGUUUUGAACGGGAAGGAAAACAUGAACUGCAUGUUUUGGAAAGAGAAUUUAUGAAAAUGAAUGGAUUUGACACGAUGCAUCGAUUUUAACGUCCUUAAAAAUGCCAAAGUACAUCAUGACCAAUUCAUCACUUGUGGUGCUGCAUCAUUUAUUUACGAGAUCAGAAGUGAUAGAAAAUUGAAGACCGCCAGGAUGUCUAAAAUUGAGAAGAUGAGUAUUCAAGGUGUGAGGAGCUUUGGGAUAGAUGACAAGAGCAAGCAGGUUAUCGCUUUCUACACUCCAUUAACUGUUCUGGUGGGACCAAAUGGCGCUGGCAAAACGACAAUAAUCGAGUGCCUGAAGUAUAUUUGUACAGGUGACUUCCCUCCUGGAACUAAAGGACAAACGUUUGUGCAUGACCCAAAGGUUGCCCAUGAGACUGAUGUGCGAGCACAAAUCCGCCUACAAUUUCGAGAUGUGAAUGGAGGAGUUGUGGCUGUGCAGAGGUCAAUGCUUUGCACGCAAAAAGGAAAAAAGACUGAGUUUAAAACCCUGGAGGGAGUGAUCACACGAAUGAAGCAUGGGGAGAAGGUCAGCUUGAGCUCAAAAUGUGCAGAGAUGGACCGUGAGAUGAUCAGUGCAUUGGGUGUCUCGAAAGCUGUGUUAAACAAUGUCAUUUUCUGUCAUCAAGAAGAGUCAAACUGGCCUUUGAGUGAAGGAAAAGCUCUGAAACAGAAAUUUGAUGAAAUUUUCUCAGCCACCAGAUACAUUAAAGCCCUGGAAACAUUACGGCAAGUCCGUCUGAAACAGACACAGUCAAUCCGGGAGUACCAAGCAGAGCUCAAGUACCUGAAACAGAACAAAGAGAAAGCCCACACGAUUCGGGGUCAACUGGAAGACAAAGAAACCCAGCUGGCUGCUUCGAAGGAGAAUGUCCGCGCGAUUGAAAAUCAGAUUGCCCCUUUGGAGGAACACUUGUCUCAAAUUGACCAGAACCUGGGUAAAGUGAUGAAGCUUGACAAUGACAUCAAAGCCCUUGAAAGCAGGAGAAAACAAAUGGAGGAGGACAACCAUGAACUGGAGGAGAAAAUGGAGCAGCUUUUCCAGGGAACUGAUGAGCAGCUUCGGGACAAGUACCUCAAUCACCAGAGGACUGUGAUUGAAAAAGAGAGACUACUGACUGAUCGUCAGCGUGAACUUGAUCGGGUAAACCUGAGAUGCCAGAAACUCAACCGCCAGAAGUCAGAGAUGCUGGUUGAACAGGGACGACUUCAGCUCCAGGCAGAUCGGCAGCAGGAGAACAUCAAAAAACGCGAUUCUUUAGUCCACUCUCUAGCAAGGCAUCUUGAACUGGAUGGUUAUGAAAGGGCACCAUUCAGCGAUCGCCAGUAUAAUAGUUUCUGUCGUCAAAUCGCAGCUAGAUUAGACAGUGAGGAAGAAUCAGCCAGACAACUGAUGGGAGAAUAUGCAGCAAAAGAAGCAACCAAGCAGCGGCAGAUUGAUGAGCUUAGAGAUACAAAGACAGGACUGGAACGAACAAUUGAACUUAAGUCGGGCAUUCAGCGAAAGAGACAGGAUGAGCUGAAGAAUGUUAAGUUGGAACUCCAGCAACUGGAAGGGUCUUCCACUAGAUUGCAAGAAUUGGACCAGGAACUCAACAAAGCGGAGCAUGAUCUCGACCGUGCAGAAAGAGGCAGCAAAGUGGAGAGCCUGAAGGCUGAACUGGUGAAUCUGCUAAAUGAAAAGGGAGCACUGGACAAGUCCUUAAGGAAACUCGAUCAGGAAAUGGAGAUGUUAAACUUGCACACUACGGCCAGAACUCAGAUGGAAAUGCUGAAAAAAGACAAGGCUGACAAAGAAGAACAGAUCAGGAAGAUUAAGUCAAGGCGCAAUGAGGAAUUGGUCUUGCUGUUGGGGCAUUUCCCAAACAAGAGACAACUGGAAGAUUGGCUUCAUACAAAAGCCACAGAGAUCAAUCAGACCAGAGAUAAACUGUUUAAGAUGAAUAAGGAUUUGGCAUCAGCAGACCAGAACAAAAAUCACACAAGUACCGCACUGAAAACAAAAGAACAGCAACUCUCUACCUACGAGGAAAAACUUUUCGACUUGUGCGGAGGCCAGGAUUUUGAGAGUGAUCUGUAUAAACUUCAGGAUGACAUCGAAAAGGCAUCAAAGCAAAGAGCUAUGCUUUCGGGAGCAACCGCUGUCUACAGUCAAUUUAUUAGCCAGUUAACAGAGGAAACUGAACCUUGCUGUCCUGUCUGUCAGCGUGUUUUCCCCUCCGAGGCUGAGUUACAGGACAUCAUCAAUGAUCUCCAGUCAAAACUGCGGCUUGUCCCGGAUAAACUUAAAUCAGCUGAGUCUGAGCUGAAGAAGAAAGAGAAACGUCGUGAUGAGAUGAUGGGACUGAAACCAAUCAGGGAAACUGUUAUUGAACUUAAGGAAAAGGAUUUGCCAGAACUACGCAAUAAGCUCCAAAUCAUCAAUCGAGAUAUUCAGCACCUGAAGAAGGAUGUGGAGGAACAGGAGACUCUUCUUGCUGCCUUCCUGUCUGAGGAAGGCACUGCAAAAGCAUGUCUGCAAGAUAUAUCGCUCAUGGAGAGAUACCAGAUGGAAUUGAAAGACGUUGAGCGAAAGAUUGCCCAGCAGGCUGCCAAGCUUCAGGGAAUAGAUGUGAACCGAACCAUGCAGCAGGUCAACCAGGAGAAGCAAGAGAUGCAACUUCAAGUGGAGACAGUGUGUAAUAAAAUAGAACUGAAGCGGAAAAUGAUUCAAGAUCACCAAGAGCAGAUCCAGCUUCUGAAGAGUAUUGUCAAUGAGGUCCGGGCAGAAAAACUCCAAAUCGCCAGCAACAUGCAGCGACGUCAGCAGCUGGAAGAGCAGAGUGCUGAAUUUUCCACAGAGGUUCAGUCCCUACACCGAGAAAUAAAAGAAUCUAAGGAACAGCUACCUCCACUAGCUGCAGCUCUGGAUAAACUACAGCAAGAAAAGCAAGAUCUGAUAGAGAGGAAAAAUAUGAGCUACAAGGAGAUACAAGAUAAGAUAAAUGAAAUAAAAGAAAAAAUCAAAAAUAUUGAUGUGUAUGCAAGAGAAAUUGAGAAGUACAUCAAGGACAGAAGAGAUGAACACAAAGAGCAAAAAGAGUCCGAGCUUCAAGAUACUAUUACUCAGCUCAGUGAAGCUGAAAAGCAACGAGACAAGAUCCAUAAAGAUAUGGAGGCUACGCGGAAGGACAUUGAUACACAGAAACUUGAGGAGCGCUGGUUGCAGGAUAACUUGACGUUACGGAAGAGAAUGGAAGAACUGAAUGUCGUGGAGAGCAAGAGGAAGGAGCUUUUAAAAGAGAUGGGAGAGAUGAAAGUAAUGCAUCUCAGAAAUGAGCGGAAACAGCUGGAAGAACGACUGGACGACUUCAAGAAAAAUCGCAACCUGGCUCAAGGGCGGCAGAAAGGUUUUGAGGAGGAAAUACUUCACUUCAGAAAGGAGCUGAGAGAACCUCAGUAUAGAGAUGCUGAGGAAAAGUUCCGAGAAAUGAUGAUCGUAAUGAGAACGACGGAACUGGCUAACAAGGACCUGGAUAUUUAUUACAAGGCACUAGACCAAGCCAUAAUGCGAUUCCACAGCAUGAAGAUGGAAGAAAUCAACAAAAUUAUCCGUGACCUGUGGCGAAGCACUUACAGAGGUCAAGAUAUUGAAUAUAUUGAAAUCCGUUCUGAUGCUGAUGAAAAUGUGUCAGCCAGUGACAAAAGGAGGAAUUAUAAUUACCGUGUAGUAAUGGUGAAGGGAGACACAGCACUGGACAUGAGAGGAAGGUACAGCGCUGGACAAAAGGUCCUUGCUUCACUCAUUAUCCGUCUGGCUCUGGCUGAGACCUUCUGCCUGAAUUGUGGAAUCCUUGCACUGGAUGAACCAACCACAAACUUAGACCGAGAGAACAUUGAAUCCUUGGCUCACGCCCUGGUCGAAAUAAUAAAGUGUCGCUCAAAUCAACGAAACUUCCAGCUCCUGGUGAUCACUCAUGACGAGGACUUUGUGGAGCUACUCAGUCGUUCUCAAUAUAUUGAAAGCUUCUACAGAGUCAAAAAGAACAUCGACCAGUGUUCAGAAAUCGUGAAGUGCAGUGUCAGCUCCCUGAACACUCAUGGUCCAUGAAUGUGUGCAUGAAUUUUACUGUUCAUGUAAAAAUAUUUUUGUCUCGAUAACAUUUUGCGGUGACCUAUAA